CCCCGACGACCAAUGUCACCGCCUCCCCGCCGUCGCCGGCGCUCGUAUCCUCCGCUCCUACCUCGUUGAACUCUACUCCGUUUAUGCCAUUGACUCCGGCGGAUUCCGGUGGGUUGGCGAAGGGGACAUUGACCGGAAUCAUAAUAGGGGCGGUUUUGGGUUCGACGGCGAUGCUUAUCAUUGGGGGCAUUUUCGUCUUUUUCUACAGGAGGGCGAAGAGGAAGAGGAAUCAGGGUUUUGAGAAGAGCAACUACUAUGGUGCUCCUCCUCAACCAAAAGUUGACCAGGGUAGUGGCUUACCUCAGCAAUGGCAAAGUACUCCUUCUCCUUCUACAGAUGGUAAAGGAGGGUUGCCUCCGAAACCCCCUGGGGUUGUGGCAAAUCACCAAAAGUCGUCAUCUGCUGGUAGUCUUCCCACAUAUUCUUCAGCUACCAGCAGUGGUAUUGGGUCUGAGCGGCCAUACAUGUCUCAGUCUUCUGGCAUGUCCUUGUCUCUAUCUCAGAGUACUUUUACAUAUGAUGAGUUAGCAAUGGCAACAGAAGGGUUCUCCGGCUCAAAUCUUCUUGGUCAAGGUGGUUUUGGCUAUGUCCACAAAGGAGUUCUUCCAAAUGGAAAAACUGUUGCUGUUAAGCAGCUGAAAUCCGAGAGUAAACAGGGGGAGCGUGAGUUUCAUGCAGAAGUCGAUGUCAUUAGCCGUGUCCAUCACAGGCAUCUUGUUUCCCUAGUUGGAUAUUGCGUCUCAGGUGGCCAAAGGAUGCUUGUUUAUGAGUUUGUGCCAAAUAAAACACUUGAGUUUCAUUUGCAUGCAAAGGACAGACCGACUAUGGACUGGUCAACGAGGAUGAAGAUUGCAGUUGGAGCUGCAAAGGGAUUGGCAUACCUGCAUGAGGAUUGUCACCCUAAAAUCAUACAUCGGGACAUUAAAGCAUCUAACAUCCUUAUUGAUGAUAGUUUUGAGGCAAAGGUUGCAGAUUUUGGACUAGCCAAAUUUUCAACAGACACAGAUACCCAUGUCUCUACUCGAGUGAUGGGAACCUUUGGAUACCUGGCUCCUGAAUAUGCUGCUAGUGGGAAACUCACAGAGAAGUCAGAUGUUUUCUCCUAUGGUGUUGUGCUUUUGGAGUUGAUUACCGGUCGAAAACCUGUUGAUAAAACUGAAUCUUUCACAGAUGACAGCAUGGUUGAAUGGGCAAGGCCCUUACUUUCCCAAGCUUUGGAAAUUGGAAAUUUUAGUGGACUUCUAGAUCCAAGGUUGCAGACAAAUUAUGAUCGUGAAGAGCUGACUCGAAUGACUGCAUGUGCCGCAACAUGUGUGCGCCAUUCAGCCAGGCGCCGGCCUCGAAUGAGCCAGGUUGUUCGAGCUCUAGAAGGACAUAUUUCUCUAGAGGAUCUAUACGAGGGGGGCACACCGGGGCACAGCAGAGUUUUUGGUUCCUUUGAGAGUUUAAACUAUGACGCCGGUCAAUACAAUGAAGACCUAAAGAAGUUCAGGAAGCUGGCACUUGAAAGCCAAGAACAUGGCACUAGUGAGUACAGUGGACCGAGCAGUGAAUACGGUCAACAUCCAUCUGCCUCAACCAGUUCAGGCCUGCAAAACACACAAGAGACGGAAAGGAUUUAAUCCCAGAUAUUAUGUCCAGCUCGCAUUGACGAGCAUUGUUGGUACAUAUGUGUUGGUAGAUUUUGCAGGUAGAGAAGUAUGCAAUGGCUUGCUUGUGCUCAUAAUAUGCAGUAGCCAAUGUUUCUUCAUUCUUUUUCUUUAAUGAUUUUGCUGUCUAACUUGUUUCUCAAGUAUGAAUGCUGAAUUAUUUUGUAAGCUUUAAUUUGAUUCACACUUUUAUGCUACUAACAUUUACUUAACUGGGAAGGCUAACAUUGUGAUUCAAAAGAACCAAGGAUAUGUAGGGACGAUUCUGUAUUUAUUUGGUUAACUUUGUGAUUAUGCAUCAUAUUAGACUUGGAGAGUAU